AGAACUUUCCUGCCUGGAGCUAAAUUCAGCCAUCCCUUUCCGAAACAUCCUUCGGUCGUGGCUUGGCCGGUGAUUUUGCUUUGGGUUAGAAUAAAACCCCCGCUGAACUCCAUCGGUCUGUUCAUCGAUGCCUCAAGAAGGAGUAACAGCUCUUGCCAGCACCGGUACCAACAUGACUACGGAUACAGAUCUCACAAAAGUCACUCUUGACAACCUAGAAGCGGUGCUGGUGCGCGAUACACAGGUGAAGCUCGCCGGAAUCGACGCCGACGGCAUUCUACGGGGAAAGUUAGUCUCCAAGAAGAAGUUCCUCUCGAUCGCCAAAGAUGGGUUCGGGUUCUGCUCUGUAAUCUUUGGGUGGGAUAUGCACGAUCAAACAUACUUUAAGGAACUGGCUAUUAGCAAUAAAGAGAAUGGUUACCGAGAUAUGAACGCUAUUCCAGAUUUGAAGAGCUUCAGGCGAAUACCGUGGGAGAACAAUGUACCAUUUUUCCUUGUCAAUUUUUUUGACCCAGAAACGCACGCUCCGAUCUCAGCGUGUCCCCGCGGGCUCUUGAGAAGCGCGACGGCAGCGAUGGAAAAACUAGGAUAUAAGGCUAUGGCAGGAGCGGAAUAUGAAUUUUACCAAUUUCGCGCGCCGUCAUACGGGAAUGGAACAGAACGAAAUUCGUCAGGCACCGCCCGGUUCCUGAAGACAAACCCGGUCGCCGAUCUGCCACCGUUAACGGAAGGAAUGUUUGGGUAUAGCUUAACAAGGCCGGUCCAUAAUCAAGAGUAUUAUUAUAGAAUAUUCGACACGUGUCAGGCUUUCAAAUGCGAUAUUGAAAGUUGGCAUACUGAGAGUGGUCCUGGAGUCUUCGAAGCGGCCUUGGAGUUCGGGGAAAUCAAAGAAAUAGCAGACAGAGCAGGAUUGUUUAAAUACGUCGUCAAAUCUCUCGGCAGUAAAUAUGGCAUCACGCCUGUUUUCAUGGCUAAGCCUGUUCAUGGCCUCCCCGGAAACAGCGGUCAUAUGCAUGUCUCGAUCGUUUCAAACGAUGGCAAAAAUCUUUUCUUCCGCGAACAACCAGAUCUAUCGCCGCCAUACCCAGAUGUUGCAAAUCUUUCCGAUCUCGGGAGACACUUCCUAGCGGGUGUGCUCGCCGGACUGCCAGAUAUCAUGCCUCUCCUCGCCCCGACGAUAAAUUCCUACAAAAGGCUUGUGGAGAACUUCUGGGCGCCCGUGACCGUUUCAUGGGGAUUGGAACACCGUGCGGCGUCCAUUAGAUUGAUCACACCCCCUACGUGCAGUCCCAAGGGGUCACGACUUGAGAUUCGCGUCCCCGGUGCCGAUGUGAAUGCGCACUAUGUUCUGGCAGCUAUCGUUGCUCUCGGAUGGAGGGGUGUGGAGAAGAAGCUAGAAAUACCUGUUCCACCGCUGGCACGAGGUGAAAAUGUUGGUAAUGAGAGUGACAAGGGAGAGCGGCUGGCCAAGUCCCUGAAAGAAGCUAUUGCAAAGUUCAUGGCAAAGGAUAGUGUUGCCAGGGAAGUUUUUGGGAAUGAGUUUGUUGACCAUUUUGGUGGAACGCGAGAGCAUGAAGUAAGACUUUGGGAGGAAGCAGUCACUGACUGGGAGGUGAAACGGUACAUCGAAACCGUAUAGUAUUCCCAUCUAGCGCUAUUUUCGGAAGAAUUACGAUGCUAUAUGUUUCCUUCUGAUCUAUAUUGUAUUGGGUAUAUUUCCAAUCGCUGCAUAUGUAUCUGCGUUGCUUGGUUUACACUUUUUCCAUGCCUGGAUAUAUGAAUAGAACCGGCAGUCAAACCCGA